AUGCCUUUGUUUAACUUGGCUGAAAGGAGGGGAAACCUUGGUAAUGUUGUGAUUGUUAAGGACGAAGAAGGAGAAACUGGUACUUCAGGAAACAGCACCAUUAGCGAUGACGUAUCUUCUCUGAUUACGUCCACAGGACAAACGCAAUCACUGACAGGCUUGACUACUACCAGUGACAGCGAGCAGCUGUCGCUGUUGGUUAGCCCUAGUCGAACCACAAUGCUGUCUUUUACAACGUCUGGGGACGAAACAUCGACAGGGGGGCCUAGUGAUUUACUGACUUCCAGUUUUUCAAGUGAGGGGCAGAGCACAGACACAUCAGAAAGCUCUAGUAGUUCUUCUGAAGUUGUAUCGUCAACUGGCGAGUCUUCAAGCUCCAUAAAAUCCUCUUUCGUUUCAGAUCCUUCAAGCUCUAGUGAGCCUUCUAGCACUUCCGAUUUCUCAAGCUUUACAGAUGCUUCGAGUUCUAUUGAUGAAUUCAGUGAAUCAUUGAGUUCAACGGAGGCGCUGUCUUCCAGUACACUCGAAAGCUCGCAUGAAGUUGAUUCUUCAAAGACGCACAAAACUUCAUUUCUUGCAUCAUCUAAUGAAGCCUCUGAUGAAACCUUCAUUUCAUCAGUUCCAGAAUCGAUAGAAUCCGAAUAUUCGGAAGCGUCGUCACAUACUUAUCAUAUUUCACUGGAAGUUUCGGACCUGAUAUCAAAAGCAGUAUCAUCUUCCUAUCAUCACUCAAUCGCAUCCAAAACCUCUCAUUCUGAGAAUACUUUGUCUUCAGCAGAAACUGAAGGUGGCAGCUCAGCUUAUUCCACUAGCAAAGUACAUGAAGCAUCAACUACAGGAGCUCAAAUUGGAUCUCUGUCUUAUUCGUCUUCCACCUCCAUUUACACGUCAUCAGGUGUAACAAUCACUACUGUUGUUACUGUACCAACCUCAAGUUCUAAUAACUCUUCUCAGUCAACAGCUCAACGGAACUCAAAACUUAUAGGGGGAUUAGUUGGAUCCAUUGGAGGAACAAUAGUUAUUGGAAUACUUGUGGCUGCAUUCUUAAUUUUGAAGAAACGUAAAAGAUCUUCAUUGACAAACCAAUCGCCCGAUUUUAAUGAUGAAUCUUCUGGUGAGUCUGAUUCGUAUAACGAUAAACAUGGCUUUAAAAAAAUUUUUGGCUCUAAGGCUAUUCCAGGAAUUGGCAGCAUUAACAAAAGCAAAGGUACCACACAAAUUGAUUCGAAUAAUCUUCAUCACACCGAUCAGAAUGAUGAUUCUGAUGAUUUUGCAUACCGUGGAGUAACAACCAAUAACAAUUUAGAUUCGAUUUUGAGGUCAUCGGGAACUAAUACUGAACGUAAUACUAGUGGUGCGCCUAGUAGUUUUGCAGGCCACACUAGAUAUAAUUCGAUUAGCAACGAACCUUUAGGUGUCACUCAUGAAAUGUCUCCCUUUGAACACGAGGAAGCAGACGAACUGAGUACCAGCCAAAAUGCACUUCACGAGACAGAUGAGUUUAACCCUUCAGACUUUGAAGAUGAUGAUGAAUUGCCAUUAGUUGAUAGAAAUAACUUGUUUGAUAAAGAGAAUGGUAGCAAUAACUCUAGAUCAAGGUUUUUUGAGGAAAUAACUUAG